AUGUACCUCCUGCUUCGUCGACGUGCUGCGUUAGUUUCCUUGUUUACUUUCAUGGCCUACGGUGAACAAAGCGAGCCACUUUCUUUUUUGUGGCUGCGCCGUAGCUUUCUGUUUUGCUUGUUUGAUUCCUUGCUGCGUCGUGUGAGGAGCAUACCUUUUCUUCAUCUUUUGUUUUCAUCAUUCUACUCAAAAAGAUACAAAGAAAGAACUAGCGCAAACAAACAGUUAAAAACUUCUCUCUGCGCCCCGUUUACUGCGUUCAUCUACUGCCUGACCUUUUUUUUUCCUUCGUUGCUGUUGGCUUCCCGCGCCAGACGCAUUCACUACUUAAAAAUGGACAAGCUUGCCAUUCUCACGGGCCACGUGAGAGUAAAAGCGUUGGCCUUGAUGGAAGCGUACAGGUAG